UGUACGAUGUCGCAUACAUGAAGUACAACCCUAAGGUUAUGAAACCAAAAAAACAAGCGUGCUUCUAACUUUGAAAUAGCUUUCCAAGAUCAGUAAAGCCGAUAAGCUAAAGAUAUUUCUAACGAUGAAGAAGAAAGGUGCCAAGCGUGUCUUGCGAUCGAUAGCUAGGGAAACAACGGAGGAAAAGGCCGAAAUCGAGGCCAAGAAUAAACAAGAGAUUGAAUCAGCACAACGUGACGAGGAUGGUGAAUUCGAAAACAGAGAAAGAUGCUCUGAUUCGGAGAGUGAAGCUCCUAAAUCGCCGCAAAGUGACGAUGAUGGCGAAUUCGAAAACAGAGAAGAGGGAUCAGAUUCGGAGAGUGAAGCUCCCGAUGUAGUCUCUUGGAGUGCUAGCAAAGAGCAUGCGAUCCACGAGAGGCAAAUUGAACAAAACAUUGUGGCAGAAACAAAGCUAAGAGAAAAACAAAUACGUAAGGAACGAGAAGAAAAAUUAAAGCUCCAAAAACAAUCCCGUUCAUCAAAUCAGAAGUAUUCUAGACUCCCUGACCAUAUACUAGAGAGAAUUGCCAAGAAACAAAAAUUAGCUGACAAAGAGAAAGAACUGGCUGGCAAUAGCCAGGGUGAUUUUGUUGGCAGUAAUGUAGAGGGAGUUAAGAAAAAAUCUCAGCACAUCACGUUUGAUAGCGACUCAGAAGAAGAGGGGGGCCCUUCUUCUGUUGAUGAACCCAGCGGUGUCCAGGUUCAACUUUUGAAUGAUCAACGAAACAAGAAAAAAAUGAAAGUUCUAGAUUCUGCAACAGACUUUCUCAAUCAACACUUCUAUGGUGGACGACUAAAUAGGGUGGACUCUCUAAAGGACGAAACUUUGAAAAGAAAAGGCAAGCUGAGAGGGCCUGCUUUGAAGUUUUUGAAGUCUAAGUGAACAUGUUAUACCCUUUUAAGUUUAUUGAGAUAAUAUACUCUACUUCAAGGUAAUACAAAAACAUGCUACCUAUCAAGCACAAUAACUAACUUUAUAUGGCAUGACAAAAUAAAUAUAGGGUUAAACAUA